GUAAAUAAAUCAAUAACUUCGUCAACUUCAACUGUUCUGUGUCUAUGGAUAUUAAGCAAAGCUAAUCCAACCAAGCGUUCUUCGCCCACGUUUGACCUUAACCAAGUUUUUAAUCUUAGUUUAAAAGUACAAAGCAAUACAAAUUAAAAUAAAAUAUAACCAUGCACUAUAGUAAAGUAUAUAACCACAUAAAAUAGUGACUAUAUGUGAUCAUAACUCCAAAAUUUGGUCUAAUAUUGAUAUUUUAUAUUACAUUGAUAAGUGAUAUCAAACACAAUUAUAAUCAGUGAAAAUUAAUAAUAUUUAUAAUUUACAUUAUUUAAGCUGAACAAUUAAUUUGCAUUAUGGCAUCAAAAAACUUCUCGGGGGAAUGCCCCUGUUGCCCCCUCCCCACAGGUACGCCACUUUUCUGAGUUCAAAAUAAUGAUUUAAAAUCAUAUUGAUGACAUUGGUUUACUUUAUAUUUUAGUUCAAUUUAAUAUUAAAUAUCACUAACAAUAUGCAAUUUAGAACUGAUAAUUAUGAAAAUACCUAUAUGGUUGAAUGGUUCAUGUUAUACAAGAAAAAAGUUCAAAAUUUCAAAAUGUUUUAUUAUAAUGGUACUUUGCCUUACAAAUCAUGUACACCUCAAGUUGUAGAAUUUAUAUUUAAACUUGCUGAUAUGUGUGGUGUGAAUAAUUCUGUUAAAUACAAGUGUGUUGAAUUAUAUGAUAGGUUUUUGUCUGAAUAUUUCAUUUAUAUGUACACAAAUGUUUACAAUAAACAUCCAAAUAAAUGGCCUAAGGUCUUGGAGCUAUUAAAAAAAAAAUCUUUUUUACAAGUUAUGUCUUGCAUGCAAUUGGUGUCAAAGAAUGAUCAACAAUCAUUAAGUCUUAAAUUAAGAGAUGUCAAAACUAUACUGAAGAGAACUGGACAUAUAUAUACUAAGAAAAAUAUUCUAUCAUCAGAAAUUGAAGUCUUCCAUAUAAUGGGUUAUAAACUGAAUGAAACGUCAAUAUUUAUGUUGGUAGAAUAUUUCUUGGUUACGAUUCCUUAUAAAAUUACAGACAAUCUGUAUUCUACGUGCUUAUUAUUAACAGACUUGGUUUAUAUUCAUCAACAAGAACUUUAUGAUCGAAUUCAGUAUCAAAGAACAGGGUGUAGAAAUUAUACAUAUUGUGAAAAAUUGGAGUCAUUAGAUAUUGAGUUGGAUAAAAUAACUACAGCAGCAGCACUUGUUAUCACAGCAUUUUAUUUAUUGAAUUCAACUGACACAAUAAAUGAAGAAUUAUGCAGGGAUCUAUCUGCUCUAUGUGAAAAGUCUACUGACAAUCUGAUUAUAAUUUCAACUGUUCUAAUUUCUAUUAUAAACUCAAUUUAAAUUGUAAUAUAAUUAGCGUUUAUUCAUUAUGUUUCUUUUUUUUAAUAAUUAACUAAGUGAGA